GGGAGCACGGCCAGCCGAUUCCGAUCGCGUAUAUAACGAGGCGUCUGCGGCCUGGUCAGCAAUGCAAAGCGACAGCAGUUCUACUCCGGCAACUACAACUAGAAUUCCUCGUGCUAUCCGUGCUAUUUCAUCCGCGCAUUUCUCGUACACUAUUAAUUUUGCUCACGCGGGUAUACAGUAUUGCAUCCACUCUCGAACACGCUGGUUAAAUAAUGCAUCUUCCCCGCUUCAAGACAGCAGGCUCCUCAAAUGAGAACGGUGGCUGGAACCUCUCCUUUGGCGACGACAAGGGCGCCGGCGCUGUUGGGGCCAGCGACAGCAACUCGGAUCUCAGCACUGUGCCCAAGCGCACCGAGGGCCAGGCCGAGCGCAAAGGCUCGGCCUUUGGCGCAUUUGCGACCAUCUGCUGUGUCAUCAUCGGAUCGGGCAGUCUGCAGCUGCCGCUGACUCUUAAGCAGUCUGGCUGGAUCGGACUGCUGCUCGUGAUCAUGUCGGGCAUCAUUGGCACAUACACGGGCAUGCUCGUCAUCAAGUCGCUGUACCUGAUGAGCGGCAACAAGGUGCGCAACUUUAACCAGAUCGGCCAGGCAGCCUUCGGCCUCCCCGGACGUCUCAUCAUCUACUUUUUCCAUGCCGUCUACGUAAUCGGUAUUGUCGGCGACUACAUCAUCCUGUCGGGCACCAGCUUCCACACCAUUGCCAUGGCCGACGGCCACGACAUCGGCAAGACUACCUGGAUGGUUAUCUGCGCUCUGGUCAUGUGGCUGGCCACGAUCUCCCUGAAGCAGAUGUCGGAAGCCGCCAUCCUCUCGCUGCUGGGCUUUGCCACCAGCAUCAUCACCAUCCUCAUCGCCAUUAUCCAGUCGUUCAUGUAUCCGUACAAGGGAGACGGCAACGUCCCGUUCGAGCACCACAAGGCCACGCAUCAGUCGGCCAUCGGCAGCGGGGUUCCCCUGGCUCUGACCAGUAUCUCGUUCUCGUUCUGUGCCGUGGUUGUGAUGCCUGGUGUUGAGGCUAGCAUGAAGAAUCCGAACAUGUGGAGCCGCGUUCUUGGCUCGGCCAUGACGGUCGUGACGGGCACAUACGUCUUUAUCGCCACAGUCGGCUACUGGGCGUUCGGCGACCAGGUCGUCUCGCCCGUGCUCGACAACCUGCCGCACAACGCUGCCACCAAGGCUGCCCAGAUCCUGAUUGCCAUGCAUGUAAUCUUUGCCGCGCCGGUCAUGACAGCAUCGCUGUCGCUUGAGCUCGAGCUUGCCCUGGGUGUCACCAAGGAGAAGCUUGGCCGUGUCAAGGAGUUCAUUGGCCGGUUCAUCUUCCGCACAAUCUUCUUUGGCAUCAUGACCGCCAUUGCCAUCGUGAUCCCGUACUUUGGCGAUAUCAUCUCGCUGGUCGGUGCAUUCAGCACGUCGAUUCUGCUGUUCAUCGUGCCUGUUGCCUGCUACCUGAAGCUGCUCGGCUGGAGCCGCGUGACCUGGUACCAGCUCAUUGUCGGCGUCUGCAUCAUGGGUCUUGGCAUCUACGUAUGCGUACUCGGUGCCAAGGGUGCUAUUGAGACCCUGCAGGAGCACAUCCGCGAGGACAAGAACAACUAAGCAUUCCCUAUAGCCAUGUACACUAAUUUUCUAUCAAUUUACAUAUACAUUUGAACCUUUCGCCUACACAGCACGUCAGCC